AAUGUUUGAUAUAAUGUAAAAAAUAAAAAUAUUUUUUGCUAUAAAUAGUAGCUGGCCACUGCGAUCGGAGCUAAAAAGGUUAAAAGUAAUAGUACCAAGGAAGUGACCGAGUGACGUCCUGACGGAUGCCGUUUGAGGUAGGGUGGCGGCUUUUCUGUGGCCUAGGGCAUUGACUUUCUUACAAACAGGCCCAGGACCAGGCCCAGGCCUAGGCCCAACUAAAAGAGGCCUAGUAGUUGAGCUGGCCACUGCGAUCGGAGCUAAAAAGGUUAAAAGUAGUAGUACGAAUGAAGUGACCGAGUGACGGCCUGACGGGUGCCGUUUGAGGUAGGGUGGCGGCUUUCCUGUGGCCUAGGGCAUUCACUUUCUUACAAACAGGCCCAGGACCAGGCCCAGGCCUAGGCCCAACUAAAAGAGCUGCGUCUUCAGUGAUAAAAGAGCCCUAGGCCCAAAGCUUCCCUGAACACUCUGUGCUCCCUCACUGAGCUGCAAAGCAAAAGCAACUUCGAGUUCGUUGUGAACACAAUCAAUGGAGGGCAAGCGGAGCAAAAAGCGAAAGAGAGCGAAACGCCUGAAAUUUCAGAAGGAGAAGGACAAUUCUCCGGCGGUUGAAGAAAUCGAUGAACGCAAAGAAGAAGAAGAAGAAGAAGAAGAAGAAGAAGAAGAGUCUUCUGAUUGUGCUUUUGCCAAGCGCACAAAAUCGCAGGGCCUCUCCAAAUCCUCCACCUUUCUCGAGAAGAUGAAGGCAAAGUUAUCAGGAGGGCAUUUCAGGAUGCUUAACGAGAAGCUCUACACUUGCACUGGAAAAGAAGCGCUUGAGUAUUUCAAAGAGGACCCACAAUUGUUUAAUGUGUAUCAUGCAGGAUAUCAAGAGCAAAUGUCUCAUUGGCCAGAACAGCCGGUUAAUAUAAUUAUAGAAUGGCUAAAGGAUCACAGCCCUUCAUUGGUUGUAGCUGAUUUUGGCUGUGGGGAUGCACGCCUUGCAAAAAAUGUGAAGAAUAAAGUAUUCUCCUUUGAUCUUGUCGCAAAUGAUCCUUCAGUAAUUGCUUGUGACAUGUCCAAGACACCCCUUGACUCUUCAGUCAUCGAUGUUGCUGUUUUUUGCCUCUCGCUUAUGGGGACUAACUUAGCAAGUUUCCUCAAGGAAGCACAUAGAGUUCUUAAGCCAUGUGGCUGGCUUUUGAUAGCAGAAGUAAAGAGCAGGUUUGAUCCUAAUACUGGAGGAGCAGACCCAAAAAAGUUCUCAAAAGCCGUCUGUGAGCUAGGAUUUACCUCUGUAUUUAAGGACUUCUCGAAUAAGAUGUUUAUUUUAUUAUACUUCAAGAAAAAGGAUAAGCAAACUUUAAACAGGAAGGAAAUUGAAUGGCCUCAGCUGAAACCUUGUUUGUACAAGCGCCGCUGACAUUGAAGCCAUUUUUUUUUUCUUUAUCUCCUCCCAUGGCCGAGUGCAAAACUUUAACAGAGUUAAUGUAUCAUUUACUAUUUUUAUAUAUGUAUAUUAAAUCUUUCUUCA